CCAGCCGCGUGAGCAGCAACUCUGAGCGCCCUAAGCGAGCGGGCGUCGCUGCACCACUCUAUCGCCGCAUACAGCAACGACGUUCUGAAUACGUGCUUCUGCAUGCCCGCACAGGAGUCGUCGAGGGCGCAGAGCAGAGCAGAGCAUUGAUCGGCGGUGGGCCAUCGGCACUCGGUGCUGUCUGUCGUGCAUAUCCAGGGGACCUCUACUUCUUGCCUCCACCUCCACCGCCAGCAGAACUGGCUCAGCAACGGCCGCCAUCGACCGUCUGCCAACGUCCCUCGCCGCCGACGCCGAGCCUGCGACACCAGGCGGACGAUGCAUUGAGUGCGGGCACCACGAUGCAGCUGCCCUCGAAUGACGGCCCGCGGUAGCAGAGUCGAGCAAGCAAGAGGGAGGAAGUAGUUGUGCCAUAACACCAUAUCCAUACACGACACGACGACACGACAAACGCCCCUACAACAGCCACCUGCCUCGAGCACGCGGCUUCUACGAACCACCGCCGACGUUCCCGCCGCGUAGCGCACGCACAUUGCCGUUCACGACCGCUGUGCACGCUGCAGCUUCGCCAUGGAUGUGGCUACGCGUUACCAGCCCAGGGUGCGGACGGGCUCGUACCUCGACCAGCAGCGAAAUGUCCAGCCCGACGACUCGGGCACUGAGUCCGAGUCGCUAGUCCGCCGCAAAUUCCAAAGGACCACGGGCGACGAGUCUAGCAACGAGACCUUUCGCAAGCCCAGCAUCCCGGCAUCUGCGUCGAGAGCGCAGGCAGAGCAGAAAUCGAACUUCACGCAUCGCCGGAGGAGCACGUUGCGGGAUAAUGCUCGUGUGCCCAGCGGGCCAAGAGAGUAUCCGGGAAGCCCAGGCAAGAGGGUGUUCAGUGGCAGCAACUCCAGCGUCACUUCCAUGACCGGGUCCAGCAACGGAUCACGUACCUUCCUCCCGCAAGCGACCUCCGAGCCCUACUUCAGCAGCAAGAACGGCGAUGCGCCUCGCUUCAGUUCCGAUCGACCUUCCUCGAACCGCUCCAACCAAAGCACCCUCAUCGGUCACGACUUCAUGCCCACGCUCAAUUUCGAUGAUUUGCAGACGUCUAUUGCUAACUAUGACGGAAAUGAGCCGCUCUUGAGCGACUUUCCCGCUGUAGGAGCUACCAGAACGCUACCUCGAGAACCAAGCAGAAGCAAUCUUGCGAGAGAUUCUGCCAUGUCGGCUACCGAAAGUACCAUGGAGAGUGGCACGCCGAGGAUGCAACCACGAGAGGAAAUUGGCUUAAGAAGAGAAGGGAGUUUGCGUCGAAGAUUAAGUGCAGUGGUUGGUGGCAAGCAAUCCGCUGGACAGUCUACAACUAGAGACCCGGGUGGGCUGUCUUUGCGCACCAGGCGUCAGAGCACCGCACCUCAGGGACCUCCUCCCUCUGGACCCUUACCACCCACAGCAUCCUCGACAAGACCGCCACGGAAGUCGCUCGGACCAGGGGUCAUCGCUUCGAUGAUGGAAGGGAGGAAAGCCAGUCAACCGCUGCCAACUUCUGUGACCGACUCCAACCUGCGAUCAAAUUUGACCAGGACCAGUAGCCUCAGCAAGAAUUCACGGCGCACAUCGAUGCAAACUCCCGCUUCUGGUGGUGCAGAGCUGCCUCGCGUCUUGACUGCUACCACUCAGGCUCGUGCCAACAAGGUCAAGAGCCUGCAGCCACCACCGCGGCAAUACCGGGAGCAUGAUCCAUUUCCCGACAACACUCCCGUCCGCCCAGUAUCCAAAGGCCAGGCGAACCGAUCACACACGCCCUCUUCCUCGGGCAAGCGUCAGUCGACAGCGUCUGGUAGAGCUUCCGGCCUUGGGGCAAGGACCAUCAGCCCAACAGAUGCAAGGCGCCUCAAAAGACUGUCGAUGAUGCAAGCACCGCCUUUGCCAAACCAUACCUCCAAGGAUCUCCCUCCACCACCUCCCUUUGACGAACAUCGACUAUCAAAGCCCGAGCUGCCUCGCCUCGUCCAGCAGAGUCCCAGUCUCAUCCCGCGGAAAACAAAUGUGGCCACGCCAACUUCGGCGAGAGCUUCGCCCGACAACAAAUAUGGACACGGAGGAGGGGUCAGUUUGAGCGCAAAGUCCAGCUACGCUUCUCUCAAUAACUCAUCCGGAUCUACAUCCCGCCUGCCGACUCCCAAGCCACGUGUUGUGCAUUCUAGCACUGCGCAGUAUGGAGACGAAGAAGAUACUGUGCCACCUGUCCCCGCGAUUCCCAAGGCAUUCGAAAGUCCGAAAGAGACUGACCAGCAAUUUUUCACGAAUUAUGCCAGAACAUCACAGUCAAGCUCGCUCAACAAGAACGAGAGCACUUUGGCUGAGGCAGAAGGCCAUCAGACAACUAAAAGUCAGACACAGGACACAGACUCUCGUCGGAAGCAGUCGAGCGAAUUGUCCCGGGUGCACCAGCGGAUGAACACCUUCGAUGAUAUCGAGAAAGCCGCUAACACCUCAGUUGCCACAAGAUCUUCGCGACAACAGCUGCCUCUGGCCGACAACGGGGGACGGAAGAAUGGCAAUUUGCAGCCCUUGCGCUUACCACCUUUGAAUCUCACGCCGCUCAAUGACCCAACUAAGCAGAAGACAGCUGCUUCUGCCAGAAAAAGCCAAGAGUUGGGUGCUCAAAGCAGUUUGACUGUCAACCAAACGCCUGAACCCAAGCGUGUCACUAAAACGCCUUCCACUCCAAUGACAGCCAGCAAAGCGACAUUCUAUCGUCGCCAGGACGAGGAGUUCGCCAAACAAAAGGCCAUCCGCAGCUCGACCUCUCACUUCACACUUCGCGACAUGACUCAGUUCGAAGACAAUACGGCAUUUUUCGACGACACUGACGCCGAUGUCAUCGGCAAUGGCCACGGCGUUCCUAUCCCUACUUCCAAGCAGCGGACUGCCAUUACGCCUUUCUCUUCUGGGUCCUUGCCCAAGGGAUCAAGCGAGUUCAUUAGGGCACACCGUACGAGGCCCAGCGGCGACUUCAACGCGGGCGAUUUCAGCUUGGGAAAGUUCCAGAAUUACCAAGUGCAAGAUACUAUGCAGCAGAAACCUUUGGGUCCUAGGCCGAGCCGAAGUGGAACUGAUGCAUCGUAUAAGACUGCAGAGACCCCAUCCUCGUAUGAGAGUCCGACUGUGGAGACUCCAGUGACAGAAACGAAGAAAGAGGGUUCUGGUGGCGGCUUGCGACGAAAACUGUCUCUUGGUUGGCGAAGGAACAACAGCAAGGGUAGCAAUCAAUUGGACCUCAAAUCAAGCCCACAAGAUGGAGGCUCUCAUGAGAAAGAGAAGGUCUUGGGCAAGCUUCAGAAACGCCAGAGCGAGAUGCCGCCACCAAAAUUACCCGCGAGUGCUACUUGGACCGGCGAUCUACCUGCUGUGCCGGUGAACCAUUCUCGACCAAGCCUGGACUCCAUUCGCCGAAAGUCAGCAGCCACGUCUCUCAGUGUCGGUUCGAAUAUGGCUGGAAGCUCAGACUUGAGUGACAUUCCAUCGAUGCCGAAGACCAAGAGCCAGCACAAUGAGCAGCCGCAACCGGUCACGGGAUCCAUUCGAUCUACGAGCUGGAGCAUCAACGCUGCCAAGUUCUCAAAUAUCUCAAAGACAGCAACAUCGAACACCGGCCGGAGGACGGCGUCUGUGCCCACAUUGUCGGCCAUCGUCAAGGACAAGGAUGAUCUUGCGGCUGAUGAGGAGAUGCGUCGACUCUCACAGAAGAGACGUGAUGUUGACACUGCGGCUCGUGAGACCGAAGAGCUGCAGAAGAGAGCGGUAGCGCGCUCGCCCAUGUCACCGGAGCGUGUAUUGCACGAUCGGAACUGCACGCUCAACAUUUUUGAGCGUGGCGAGAUCAUGGAUUACGAAAAGGAAGGAGUCUAUUUCACAGGCACAAAGUCCGCACGCAAGAUUGUCGGGAGCCUCACACCUUCACCGUCGCUUUCCUCCAGCGACAAAGACAAGUUUGGCAAUUAUGGCUACGAUGAUGAGCGUGGCGACUACAAUAUUGUGACUGGCGAUCAUUUGGCAUAUCGAUACGAAGUGGUGGAUGUGCUCGGUAAGGGCAGCUUCGGCCAAGUUGUGCGCUGCGUCGACCACAAGGAAGGAGGCAUUGUUGCCAUCAAAAUCAUUCGAAAUAAGAAGCGAUUCCAUCAGCAGGCCCUUGUCGAGGUUAGCAUCCUCGGCCGGCUGAGGGAAUGGGAUCCCGAUGGCGCACAUGCUACCCUCUCGAUCACAUCAUCAUUCUACUUCCGAUCGCAUCUUUGCAUCGUCACGCCAUGUCUGAGCAUCAACCUUUAUGAGCUCAUUCGAGCACAUAACUUUGUGGGGUUCUCUCUGCCGCUCAUCCGCCGUUUCGCGCGACAGCUGCUCGCAUGCCUGGUACUGCUGCAAAACAAACGCAUCAUCCACUGUGAUCUCAAGCCAGAGAACAUCCUCCUCUGCGAAGCGAGAAAGGCCGAUUGUCGUGUCAUCGAUUUUGGCAGCAGCUGUAAGGAAGAAGAAAAGGUAUACACCUACAUUCAGUCACGUUUCUACCGCAGCCCUGAAGUCAUUCUGGGCAGCAGUUAUGGACUUGGCAUCGACAUGUGGUCCCUUGGCUGUAUCCUGGCCGAAUUAUGGACUGGAUAUCCGCUGUUUCCUGGCGAGAAUGAGCAAGAGCAGCUGGCGUGCAUCAUGGAGAUCUUCGGACCACCUGAUCGGCAUCUCGUCGACAAAUGUACGAGAAAGAAAUUGUUCUUCGACUCGGUGGGCAAGCCUCGUGUCACUGUUAGCAGCAAGGGCAGACGAAGGCGGCCAAGCUCGAAGACUCUGUCUCAGGCGCUGAAGUCGGACGACGAAGCUUUCUUGGACUUUAUUACGCGUUGUCUACGUUGGGAUCCGGACCGAAGACUGAAACCACAGGAGGCGAUCAACCAUCCUUUCAUCACAAACCAAGCGAUGAAUCAGCGACCUGGAAUCCCAGAGGAGGCACGCCGCGCGGCGAGGGUUCGAUCUACUGCUGCCGUUCCUGCCGGCUCGACGACGAACGGAAGCGGUGUUGCAAGCCCUGUCAAACGAACGCAUACGACUGCUGGAGUGAAUGGAAGCGCGGCUAACGCAUUCGCGCAACAGCAAGUAGCGGCCACACCAGCCAGGGACAGAUCGCGACCACUGCCGGAGACGCCUCAGACCGCUGUCCGAAGUGGUGUCUCGUUGACACAGCCCACUCUGGGGUCCCCGUCGAAGCGGGUUCAGACAUCGGAUCAUAUUCGAAGGACAAGCACCGUCAAUGGACCUGGCAUAGGCACGAAGCGAUCGAGCAACGGCGCUCCAAUCAAUAGCGCAACCCCGGCAGCUGCAACGCAACAACGCAUGGGGAGUGGAACAGGUGCGAACCUAGCAGCUUUGGCCGCUCGGGAGGCCAAUAGUAAUGCUGCGACGAGAUGGAGGACUUAGCAGGCUCAUCCUCCAUUCGUGCAUCUUUGAGACUACCAAAGCUGCGAGGCAACGCGCAGGAAGCGAUUGUACAUUUUUGAGAUAUUGGCGCUGGCUUCGCUACCUAGCCCAUGAUAAUAUUCCAGCUUGGAAUGAGUGUGAGAAGUGCGAAAAGAGCACUCACUGCGUGGAGCUCCGGCGCCGCAUAUGGCGUCAAGCAUUGAGCGUGCUAGGUCAAAAGUGAUAGCCAUAUUGUAGAACAGGUCACAGAGCGGAUACUGAGCCUGUGUGUAAUCCUCAUGAUCGAGAUUCUCAUCUCAUAUUCCUCAUGCUUGCUUUUCGUCUUUUGUCACCCUCCGACUCACGCCUACUGCACGUUACGUCGAUACUGAGUCAAUAUAGCCGGGGCAUUCGACAAAGAAGCGGUCAGAGAGCGUUCAUUCAGCUGUCAUGAUCCGCUCGAAGCAGUUACCGCCUACGAUGGUAGCUGCAAUAAGGUGUGGCUGACUUGCUUCGUGCAUGUGCGGCACGAGAAGGAUGGAGGUACGUACUUCGAAACGAUUUGUCUCGGCAAUGCACUGCGCGUUGACGAGCUGGUGGUUUUACUUCUUGCUGUCGCCACGCGCGCUUGUGGGAUGCUGACUACUACUGUGACGAAGUACGUACCUGAUGCUGCCGUGCGCCUUUGACCGUGCUGCUACUGUAUGCACUUGCUUGGCUGACCAUUACUACUAACGUGGUCGCAUCACAUGCUGUUUCCGGACUUGCCUGUAAAAAAGCUUUUCUUGACCUCCUUCGGUUGUGUCUUCUUGUUUGCUGAGCGAUGUUCCUGGAUGCUGACGGUCUUGUUGCGCAAGCCUAUUGCGCGUUUUCUUUUUUGGCCGUUGCUACACCGUUGUAAUGCCGGUCUAUGACGAGUUGCUGGGUCCGAUGUGAGAUGUGUUCAUCUUCACCUCAUCGAAGAUGCCGACCGUGGCUGGGCUGAGACUGGAAGACAUGCGUAUGUACUUGCGUGCAUGUAUCAGAGUAUGUUUUUCUCACGUGCAGCAGCAGGAGCUACUUCCUCGGAUAUUUUUCGUUGUGGGCGGGUCAAUUGGCAACCAGAACGUCGAUCGAUGGGCGUAUACUUCUUGUAGCGUAGUUCCGCUGCAUGGCCUGCGCCUCCAUUAUUGGAGACAUGCAAUGCAACAGGGUGAUGGGAGAGCUCUGGUGGGUACUGCUGCCAUUGUCCAUUACUCGAUCAAUAUUGCUCUCUUUGCUGUCGACUGGCCUUCUAUGUAGGAUGACACCUUGUUGCGAGGAAGCUGCU